GAGAAUGCUCUGUCACCGGCCAGUCCCAUUUCAAAAGCUUCGACAACAAGUAUUUUACCUUCAGUGGGAUUUGUCAAUACUUAUUUGCCAAGGACUGCGUGGAAAAUUCCUUUUCUGUGAUCAUCGAGACUGUGCAGUGUGCAGAUGAUCCUGAUGCUGUGUGCACGCGCUCGGCUUCUGUCCGGAUCCGGGAUAUGGACAACAGCCUCAUUAAAAUGAAACACGGAGGAGGAGUUUCACUGAAUGGACAAGACAUACGGAUCCCUUUGCUACAAGGUGCCCUUCGUAUCCAGCGCACCGUGGGGACUUCCGUUCGCCUUACCUAUGGGGAAGAUUUGCAGAUUGACUGGGAUGGUCACGGUGAACUCCUAGUGAAGCUUUCUGCAGUCUAUUCUGAAAGGAUGUGCGGGCUAUGUGGAAAUUACAAUGGUAACCAAGGGGACGACUUUCUUACUCCUUCUGGCAUGGUGGAAGCUCUUCUGGAAGAUUUUGGAAACUCCUGGAAGCUCAAUGCAGACUGCCAAGACUUGUUAAAACAAGACAGUCAUCCCUGCAAUCUCAACCCUCGUUUAGCCAAGUAUGCUGAGGACUCCUGCUCAAUUCUGAUGUCUUCUGCAUUUGAACCCUGUCACCAUGAAGUCAGUGCCACUCCCUAUGUGAAGAACUGCCGCUUUGAUGUUUGCUCCUGUUCCAAUGGCAAGGAUUGUCUGUGCUCUGCUAUUGCUAAUUAUGCAGCAGCCUGUGCUAGGAAGAAUGUCCUGAUCCAGUGGAGAGAACCUGACUUCUGCCCAAUGACCUGUCCUGAGGGCCAAGUGUACCAGCAGUGUGGCACAUCGUGCAACCAGACCUGCCGAUCUCUGUCCUACCCGGAUGAGGACUGUGAUGAACUCUGUGUGGAAGGAUGCUACUGUCCCCCUGGGCACUACCUGGACGAGCGUGAGCAGUGUGUGCCCAAGGCCCUAUGCUCUUGUUACUAUGAUGGUGAGAUCUUCCAGCCAGAGGACGUCUUUUCGGAUCAUUACACCAUGUGCUAUUGUGAAAAUGGUUUCAUGCACUGCAGUACGAACAGAGUUCCUGGUGCCUUCCUGCCAGAUGUUUUCGCUGAUGAGAGGUCAUCUGCCAGAAUAAAAAGGAGCUUGUCAUGCAGAUCCCCCAUGGAAAGAUUUGUCUGUCCUGCAAACAACCCAAGAGCUGAAGGGUUGGAGUGUGCCAAGACUUGCCAGAAUUAUGACUUGGAGUGCAUCAGCCAUGGCUGCAUAUCUGGAUGCCUCUGUCCAAAAGGGAUG